ACUGUGUCCGUUCCGCACUGUGCGCAUUUAUUACUGUCUAUUUCGCACUGUGUCCGUUUGUUACUGUAUCCGUUUUACUCAGCCUGCUGUGUUCGUUUAUUACUGUGCGCAUCUGGACGCUCCCAACCGCACUGGAGUUUGAAUUACUUUGCCGUUGCUCAAGGGCAUCAUUUAAUGAUGACUUUUAAUACUCCUGCGGGUAAUCCUUACAGUUUUCUGUCCUCUUGUUUAUUUGUUAAUUCUUAAUCAUUGAUUUCAUCUUCAAAUAUAUUGGACAAAAACAUUAGAUAUUAUCGUUCAAUGAAGAAAGGAAAUGUAUAUUAUUAGAGGUUGUGCGAUAUAAUACUAUCUUAAUUUAUGAUCGAGAUAUCUGAUAACGUUAUCAGCAUCAUAGCACAUAGUAUUAUCGUGGAAAUAUGACUAUAUAAAUACCAUCGAGUAUAAGAUUCUUUCUUGUGAAUCAUUAACAAUAACAAAUAAAAUAUAAUAUUGUGCCUGAACUCAAAACACAGAAAUUUAUAAAUUGAAAUAAAAACAGCAAUUGUGUGAAUUCUCAUUAGCUAUGUGCAUCUUGUUCAUUUAUCGCAAUCCAAAUGCUGAUGCUAAAACCUAUCGAUUGAUAAUUGCAUCAAAUCGAGAUGAAACGUAUAAACGUCCUGCAUCACCAGCCAACUAUUGGGAAGAACAUCCUGAAUGUUUAGGAGGUACUGAUAUGGAGCCUGGUAAGGAAGGCGGAACUUGGUUGGCCUUAUCAAUAAAAGGAAAAGCUGCUGUUAUUUUAAAUCUAGUUAAUGGAGGAAGUUCAAUGGAUUCACCAAAAAAAGGUCGUGGUUUCUUAAUAACCAAUUUCAUCACUUCCAAUGAGUCUAUAGAAUCAUAUUUAAGUAACUUGCAUAAGGAAAAUAUUGAUCAACCAUAUAAUCCUUAUUGCUUAGUUUUAUUUAAUUUAAACAAUGCGGAUGUGCAUUAUCUGAGUAGUUGUACAAAGAAUGCCGGACAUAAAAUCUGCAACAGUGAUAUUAUAGGUAUUGGAAAUAGUGGAUUAAGUCAUCCUUAUAAAAAAGUUGAAGUAGGAAAAGAAUAUUUUAAACGUAUUGUACAAGAUGUUGAUACAUCAAAACAAGAUGAUUUAAUCGACAAGCUUAUUCAGUUCUUAAAAUCAAAGAAAAGAUGUCUACCAGAUGAGGAAUUACAAAAAAGAUGUCCAAUGAGAUAUGAAGACCUCAGUUCAAUCUUUGUUUCUGGAAAAGAAUAUGGUACAAGAACACAUUCCAUAUUACUAAUUGAUGGUUCGAAUCAUGUGACUUUUGUUGAAGAAACUCUUAUGCCCGAUUUUACAUGGAAACGGCAACGAUUUCAAAAUAAUUUGAUAUGCAAGAAUACAUAAUAGCAUAUUUUGUAAUACAUAAUAACUAACUAUUAUAAAAGGAAACAUGAAAUACUUUUAUUAAUAUAUGAUGUAACAUCGGAACCAGGGAUCUAUAGAAGAUAUAUGGACAUGAUGUAGCCGAAUAAAGUAAUAAAUUAUUAAUAAAAUUAAAAAUUUAAACAAAAGUAUUAAUUAAUAAAUCAUUAUUAAAAUCGA